AAGCGAUCUUGCAUCUGAGCUUAAAGAUCUUAAAUUGCUUCCAAAUUUGAAAACUUAAGGAACAUAUGGCAAAACCCAGAAAUCUUUUUAGGGUUUGCUCUCUUCUAAUGGCGUUUUUAUUUGCUUACUCUGCUUCUGUCCAGCUUAAUGAUCCUGAUUGGUACUUUUGGUUUCCACUGUACACACUUGCUUGUGUAGUUAAUCUAAUAAACUACAGAAGAAGAAUCAAACUAAUGAUGAUGAGAACAGCUCUUAGCUUGGGUGUGUUCUUGUUGGUUAAAGUUAUUGCAGAGGAUGUAAUAACCGAGAAAGUUGGAGUCUUGUCUUUAGAUCUUACUCAUAGAGUUGUUAGAGAAAAGAUUGGAAGUGGUUUAGUAAUAGCUUCCAUGGUUCUGCAACUACAAGCUUCUUCUUCUUCUUCAAAAACCAUUGACUUUGGGAUGGUUGCAACUGUAAUCUUUGGCUAUGGACUUCCCUUUUGGUUUUUCACAAUUGAGAAAGGAGAGAUCAAGAUUUGAUUAUUUCCAAUGGGAAAAAAAGUUACAAGCUUGAAGGAAGAUCAAUAGUUCCAAAGGUGUCUAAAAGAUUCAAGGGCAAAAAAAAAAAGUCUUGAAGGAAAAUUAUCAAAACAGAUCUGCAAAGAAUGUUCCUAAGAACCAAAAUCUAACUUAAGAGACCUCUGCAAUUAGUUGCUUUACAAUGGCAUGGAUGCUCAUUUUCUUGUUCAGAUGGUACCGGUCUGCGUCCAUAGUCUCGGGUGAUCUCUUCUCCUGCAGCUAUCUGUUUUACACAAAUGACAGAGAGAUCGUUAUCGGUCCAAUAAUUUGAUACUUCUUCUUUCAAGCAAAAGGGAGAAGAAGAGCCUUACAUCCAUACUGGCGUAUAGACCGAUAUGAGCGAGCGGGGACUCCAUGCUUUCCACAAUAACUUGGUGAUUAACGAGAUUUGGUGAGCAGCUAGAGAUUAAAAAAGAUUGAAAUCAUCAGUAUUGUAGUAAUUGUAAAGGUUUUGGUACAUUUGUAUUAUAAACUCACCUGUGAUUGAUGAAUCGAGAGAUGUUGCCAUGAGUAGUAGCAUCAAUAGCAUAAUCGAGCUCUUCUUCCAUC